UUCGUGCGAGCAACUCGAGAUUCGCCCUUUCAUUAUCGCUUCUCAGACGAAGUUCAACAUAAUGGCUACGCAAGCAGGCAAGAAAGGGAAAAAAGUAAAAAAGAACAACAAGCUCUCGCUAGGCGAAUUCCUCACCGAUGGAAAUACGGCCGCGCUGAAUCAGGGCCAGAUUGCCGUCCCCGUAAAAUACGACCGUGAUGAUGGUGACGAUGACGACGAUGAUCGUCUGGGGCGCACCCAGUUGAUUGCUUUGCCCACGGCGCCCCGCGCCAGCCGCAUAAUGAACGACGAAAGCAUUCCGCAAAACCCACCCUACUCGAUUUACGUAUCCAACUUGCCGUACGACAUCAACGAGGAGGAUCUGUACGACAUCUUUGACAACGUCGAGAUCGUAGCGAUGUCGCUGCCACGCGACGAUGGUGACCUGCGCCGGCUGCGGGGUUUCGGCAACAUCGAGUUCGCAACGCGCAACGAUCUGCUGGAUGUCCUGGCCAUGCCGGAACCGAUGGUGCGUAACCGGCGCAUCCGUAUCGGGCUGUUUAACGAGAACGACAUGAAGCGGCGCACGAAUCGGUACGGCAACUUUUCCUCCGACAACGACCGACCGUCUUCUGGUGACAAUUGGCGCGAUCGGCCGGAUUCCGGUCCGCGUCCGAUGGACCGUGACCGUGACCGCGAUCGUGAUGGUGGUGGCAUGCGCCGGUCGUAUAACAGCUACAACAGGGACCGGGAUGAUCGCGAACGGCCAUCCGGUGAUUCGGGCGGCGGUGGUAACUGGCGAACGGGUGAUCGGCCGGCAAUGCCGCCACCGUUAUCGCCAAGUGCCGAUCGCCGGCGGUUCGAUCGUGACCGGGACAGUGGUGCUGGGUUCCGGCGGGCACCGGAAGCGCGGAUGACACCGCGCAGGGAACCGGACGUACCGAUGGAGCGCCCAAAGCUCGUCCUUCAGCCACGCACGCUUCCGUUGCCCGAGCAGCCGAAACCGCGCGCUUCAGACUCGGACGAUGACUCCGAGCCGAGUGGCCGGGAUGGGGCACACGAGCGGGAAAACGGUGUGGUAGAGGAAGCCCCGAGACCACGCCCUACGCCCGUCCCCGCGGCUAAAGUGUUCGGUGACGCCAAACCGGUCGAUACGGCUGCGCGCGAACGGGAAAUCGAGGAGCGACUCCAACGGAAAAAGGAAGAAGCACAGGCUGCAGCUGCUGCGGCGGCGGCAGCGGCAGCUGCAGCGGCCGCUGAGGAGCAGGACAAACAGGACACCAAGAGCGAGAGUACGGAGGGCGAUGACAAGCAACACUCCCGGCCGGGAAGUGGACGCAGCGCACCAUCGGAACCGGUCGUCAACUGGCGAGUCCGUACCACCAACGAGGACGAGAAAGGUAAAACGAGCGAGGAGCGCGUUCCGGUGCACUCGCGGAGGUAUAGCCCUAGCGGAAGGUUGAAUAGUAACAGACGUACGGACGAGCGUAAAACGGACAAUCGUGACCAGAAAGAAAAUCGCGGCUUGAACCGCUCGACGUAUAGCAACGGAGCAACUCGUGAAUUAACCCGCGCCCCGAUCCGCAAUGGCGACAUAAAAGAUCGUCGCGAGACCCCAAAACCCAUCGAAGAGAAAGACCCAAAAACGCUGGAAGAACGUAUGCCUAAAUUCCAGGAGCCUUCCGGACCGAACUUGGCGGUGAAUAAUAUUUUCGAUGGAUUGUCAGCGGACGAAAUUGAUGACUGAAAAAAUACCAAAACCACCACCAUCACCAGUUGACCUUCCGUUAAACAAAUAAUAGCGAAAAAAGAAAACAAACCAGGAAACAACAAUUAAUAAUACACACAUUCACCUGGGCGGAGCUGGAUCUGAGCGACUUUUCAGCUGGGGUUUGCAACGCGCGCGAAACGUAGACCAUUUUUUCCUGUAUCAUCUAACAAAUCAGUAACUAAAUCGUACGAAAAAAAAACACGGAAGUAAUUCUCAACUUUGAGACUCAUGCGUACAUAUGCGAUUAAAAUGAUCAUUCUGCUUUAUAAGAAAAAAAAAAGAUUAAUAAAUGUCAGGACUUCUCCCAUCCCGGGAAGGGCUAAGACUGAUGGAAGUAUUGUUGGACGAUAACAUUGAAGGAAACGCGCGAUCUGCAGCAGUAUAGUAUGAGAGGAAGUAUGGGGCGCCUUAAAACGCUUUAGAGUAGGACAAUUGAAGCAGCGAGGGAGACCCAAUCUCGCCCAUUGCCGAGCUAAACGUAAACUUUUCGAGAAACAAUAGCUAACGAGAGCGAAUGCAACGUCUGCAAUUAGUCUGGUUUGUUCUCAGUGUGUUGAAGGUACGAUUUGUUAGUCUCCCAUGCGAACGGAAGCUGCCACCAGCAGCAUAUGACGAUUAACAGGAGCAAAGGAAACGUAUCGGCUCAUUUAUGUGGCUAUGUUACCACGUUCAAGUUAUUUAUUUACUGUAUGUGUGUACCGUUUCACGAAAGGGCUCAGGUUUUUUUGUUAUCGCCUCCACAGUCUAAUUAACGUACUAGCAGUAGGAUAAAUGAACCGAAAAAUUAUUUGAAAUGUAUUUUGCUUCAUGUAAUCUUUUUCCAUGUAACCUUUUUCGAAAUAAACUAAAAUGCUGCGUACGCAUGCGAAUC